UCGGCGCUCUCCUGGGGGCGCGCCCGAGCCGCCGCGGCCGCCGCCAACAUGGCCGAGACGAGUGAGGAGGUGGCGGUGCUGGUGCAGCGGGUGGUGAAGGACAUCACCAACGCCUUCAGGAGGAACCCGCACAUAGAUGAAAUUGGCCUGAUUCCAUGUCCUGAAGCUAGGUAUAACCGGAGUCCCAUCGUCCUGGUUGAAAACAAACUUGGUGUGGAGAGCUGGUGUGUCAAGUUCCUUUUACCAUAUGUCCACAACAAGCUCCUUUUGUACAGAACAAGAAAGCAAUGGCUGAACAAAGAUGAAUUGAUAGAUGUCACAUGCACCCUGCUGCUUCUAAACCCAGACUUUACCACUGCAUGGAAUGUGAGGAAAGAGCUGAUCCUCUCUGGCACUUUAAAUCCAAUUAAGGACUUACAUCUGGGGAAACUGGCCUUAACUAAGUUUCCAAAGAGUCCAGAAACAUGGAUUCACAGGCGAUGGGUGCUACAACAGCUAAUUCAGGGAUCCUCCUUGCCUUCCUUUGUGACCAAAGGAAACUUGGGAAUAAUUCCUGCAGAAAGGACACAGCAACUAAUACGAGAAGAGAUGGAGGUCUGUGGUGAAGCAGCAGGGAGAUACCCAAGCAACUACAAUGCCUGGUCACAUCGCAUCUGGGUUUUACAGCACCUGGCCAAGCUAGACAUCAAGAUUCUUCUUGAUGAACUAUCUUCUACUAAACACUGGGCAUCCAUGCACGUUUCAGACCACAGUGGAUUUCACUACCGCCAGUUUUUAUUAAAGUCUUUGAUUAGCCAAACCGUGACAGACGGUUCUAUAUUGGAACAAAAUCCUUUGAGAAGUGAGCCAGCCAUAGUUCUUCCAAAAGAUGAAGAGGCAGUGGCUUCAGCAGAGGAAUCAAGAAUAAAUCUUCCCCAUCUUCUAGAAGAAGAAGUUGAAUUCAGCACUGAUCUUAUUGAUUCGUACCCAGGCCAUGAAACCCUUUGGUGUCAUAGGCGGCAUGUCUUCUACCUUCAGCAUCACUUAAAUGGUAGGUUUCCUCACAGCAUGACACAGUUGUCACCUGCAGACAGCCCUGGGGGGACUUUGAGUGACUUGCACCUCAUCCCAGCAGGCUCCCACACGUCUCAGGCAAUGGAAGUGGAUGGACUUAGUGACUCUAGCAAGCAGGGAUAUUCCCAGGAAACCAAACGCCUGAAGCGGACACCAGCUCCAGACUCCCUAGGCCUGGAAAUGGAGCACAGGUUCAUCGAUCAAGUAUUGUCCACCUGCCGGAACGUAGAGCAGGCCAGAUUUGCCAAUGCAUACAGAAAAUGGCUAGUUACAUUGAGCCAGUGAAAGAGGUGGAGUAGUCCUACAAGGUUCCCCUUUUAGUGCAAUAUUGCUUUUCCUUAUUUACAUAGUUGCAUGGACCAUUUGCUAUUAUUGGCUAGCUUUAUGUUCUUCAUCUUUAGGUUAAAAGUCCAUAGUAAAUCUUUCAUUUUAUUUAUUUUGUUAAGAACUGGCAUUCCUUUGGGGAUAAAAUAAUUGUGUAGUUCCUUCCUGCUAAACAGUGAGUCUUAAUUUUUUCUUUUUAACUUCUCAUCCUUUAUAUUUCUAUACUUGAGACUUUUCUCGUUUGGUUCUCCAAAUUGGUUCACACACACCUCUACCCACCUCAGUGCAAUUGCUGCAUAGGCUAAUUUUUUUUAAUUAAAAGUUUAUGUUGUAGUUCAACUUAAGAACAAUACAAAUGCAAAAUUACUCAAUCUAAUUGUCAUUUUGAGAUUCAGGUGGCCAGAUGGAUGGAUAUGUGAAAAUACAAACCAUUUCUCUUUCUCUAGCGUGUUCUACUCAAGUCAAAGACCGACAUAACCAAAGUCAGAAUAUUGAGAUUUAUAUGAAACACAUGCUUCCAAUGUUAUCCAUUUUAAAAAUGGUUAUUUAAAAAAAGUAAUUUUAAGAGUUUAUGUAAUUGUAGUGGAAAAUUAUUUUUAUUACUAGCUUUGAUAGAUUGUUUUUACCUCAAAUUUGGCAUAUGCCAAAAACACUCAAGUCAACCCUUAUGAAAGUCAUUUUCAAAAAAAAAAAAAAAGCCUAGAAUGCCAUUUUUAGUUAUUACUACUUAUUUUCCUUCCAAAUUCAUGAUGAAAAAUGGGAGACUUAAGGAUAGAAAUGUAGCCAUUAAAAAUCUUCCUUUUAAAAAAUUUAAGUUAUUGAGGAUACACUGGAUAAACUAUAAACUUUUUUAUCAAGUGAUUAUUAAAAGUUUACUGGCAAAAGCUGGGGGAAAGGACAGUUUUGAAGGUUAUUUCUUCAAUCUUUAUUUAAAAAAAUAAAACUGAAAAACAUCUAUAUUAAACUUAACAGGAUUGAGGUACCAAAGUAUCCACCUUAUAGCUGUAUCUUAUCUUUUCAGUGACAAGGACUGGAUUUUUUAGGUCGAUGAGACAAGUGUAGGGAAAGGGCCAGGUAAUGUCUAACUUUUUAAUAUAGUUCCCCCUCAUAAAUGCUCUGCAUUUCUUCUUUCCACACACCUUUCUCUUUAUUUUCCCAAUCCCUUGUAUUAUUUUUGUGUCAUCUUCACUUUUAAUGUAUCUUUUUUAAUCUAUCUUAUUUCAGGGACAUGUACUAAAGAUAUUCUCCUGUUUGUUUGCAGUUAAUUUCAUAUCCCGUUACACACACAUACACACGAAAUAUGAAUAUGAACUUCCACUCCUUCUAAAAGUUCCCCUAAUGAUGGACGCUGUGUUCCUACGUGUGUAUGAAAUGUAAUAGUAGCAGGAACAAGUGUGAUCACUAUGCUUUGCCUGUUUUAUAUGCUGGGUCACCUGUAGGGUGAGGAGACAGGGAGAGGUCUGCCUGUCCCUGCAUCUGUCUCACUAUUAUGGAGACUCAGGACUUGAGUGAGGAGCAUUGCCUUAAGGGAAAAGAAUAGAUCCUGUACUUGUGCAUCAUGAUUUUGUGGAAUGGCGAACUAUCGAGUGAGACACAAGAACACCAAAAAAUUGUCUAGACUGGUCCUUGUAGACAGAAGCUGCUCUUCUCUCUUAUGGCAAAAAAUUACCUUUCUGUAGCUUUUAGAGAAUUUAGGUGAGAAAAUGGUCGGCAUUAUGAGCAUAAUUCUAUGACCCUUUGUGUACAGAGGAUAUUUUGAAUCAAAUACCUCAAGGUCUACCUGGACCUCUGGAUAAAACCAUUAAUUUAUGAUCUUUAGCACCUGCAGGACUUGGAGGGCCGACUAGACUACACAGAGAGGACAUGGAAGAUUCAGCCCAUUCCACCAAUAUGUGUUGCCAAAUUCUGGCCUCACUCAGUAUUACCUUUUUUCCUAAGCGUUAUUUUAAGUAUCCCAAGUAAUAGGGCUUCUUAUGCUUUGACGUGAGAGUGUUGGGAUAUGAGUAUAUGCGAUACCCUGUGGAAUAUCAGCUAAAUUUUAUAAUGCUCCACUCUUUUUUAUACCUUCCACAGAGUCUCUUGCCCUUCUUUGGUGUUAACUAUCUUCAUAUGUUUUAAGUCUCUUAACCAACCUCUGCCUGAAGCCAUGCAGUCCUUUUAAUAUAUCUCGGUCUGCUGUCUUCCUAAUAAAGUUUUAAGUAGGGAGUAAAAAUACAAAUAUCCAAAGGAUACUGCUUGUAUAUGACUUCUGUGUGCUCCUUUAUUUCUAAAAUUUGCAUUUUUCAGGUGUUCAUUCACAGAAAAGCCUUGUAUCACUCUAUAUGGUUGUGGUUUUUUUCCUAAAUGGUUGACAUCUAAACUCACUAGCUGUGGCAUGAUAAUAUCUCUUGGACUGAAUGAGGUCAUGCAGUGGAAAGGAUGUGUCUAUUUUUAGGGACUUGGUGGUCUUCACCUGUUUUUCUAUAACUAUGUUAUACUCCUUUUUUAAAGGAAAAGAUGAUUUAGAUUGACACACAUUUACUCCAGCUUUCACUGGAAGAAUAGUAGGCCAUCCUGUGGAUCAAGAAUACUAAUGACAAGCAAAAAAGCAAUAAGAUCUGUAAAUAACUCUACCACCAGCCCUCCCCCACCUGACUUUUUUUUUUUUUUUUUUGGGUGGGCCUGUUUUGGUAAAGUGGUGUUACCAGAUUCUGUGUGUCUUGCACAUUGUGAGAACUUGUUAAAUAUUUAUUAAGUUGAUGAAUGAUUAACUAAAGACGCAAAAGAUUGAUAAUGAGUGAUGGAUAAGAGUGAGUUAUGAUUGACAAAUUGACAGAAUAGAGCAAUGGAUUGUGAAUGAAUAACAUAUUCUGCCUUCAUGAUACUUAGGGGGAGCUAUUGCAUAUAGAAAGUUAAUUUAGAUUUUUUUUCCUUAGUUAAAUUACCUUGUUUACACUUGUUAAAUCCCAGCCAGGAAAUGCAGCUGUAUAAUAUCAGUUAACUACUUUAAUAUAUAGUAAACAUUCAUAGAACUAGUGAAGACCAUUCACAUUAAAAACACUACUUUCUGUUCAUUUAUGAUGUUAGAGGACAGAUCUUGCCAGUAGAGCCAGAGCCACUCUUGGGGUAUCUGAGGAAACUCUGAUUUCAAAGACUUAUUGAUCUGUGUCUGUGCACGAGCAGUCAUCUUAUGCUUCUCCUUUUCCCCUCCCCAACCUGAACUGUGGACCUUUUAGAAACUCCUUAAACCUGUGUGAGUCAUUUUUUUAAACUUCAGGAUUUGAUACCUAUUAGUGUCCCUUUUUUCUUUUCUAGGUUUUAGCAUUUUAUUACCUCUUUGAAAACUCUGGGCCUAGACUUUUAAGUCAUACUUCUUAUUCCUAUGGUACGAUUCUAAUUUAAAUUAAAGGCUCCAUUAUUUAUCAGGUUAAAUAUACAUGAUGUCACUCAAAGCCGCUAACUCUUCACAUAAGGGCUUAUGUGACUCAAGAAGUGCAAACAAAAGUUCUUGGAUUCUUCUGUGGCAUUUUGUAGGAAAGCGUAUGUGGUAGUAGACUUUGUGUCAGGUCAAGUGAAUUCAUGCUCAUAUGCUGAGACAUACACAUGUAUGUGUGUAAAAACUUCUAAUAUUGUUGAGAACAAAUUGUCAGUCUAGUAUUUUUCUCUUAAUAGCACAAGAUGGUUUCCGACAUGAGGGCUAAAUAUAAUUUAGGAAUGCAACUACCACUUGCUAUGCAACAAUCUAAUUUCUACCUUAGUUCCCCUGUAUUAUGGAAGAUACUAAAUAUUUAGUUUAUCAAAGGAAGAAAACACUUUUUUUUCCAGAAAGCUUUUGUAAGCUUACAGCUAUUUUGUUACUAGAAAAUUAUAUUUUAAAACUUUAAAAUAUCUAAAGUAUGCUAGAAAAUUUGAACAGCAUUGUAACAACUGAACCUUUUGUCUUCUAAAUAAAUUUCUCAAGUAGAACUGUGCAAACCCUAGCACUUUCUGUGCUGGCGCCUCCCUAUGCUUGGGUGUCCUCUGUAAUGUGCUUCUUUCUAAAGGAGAAGUGCGUGGAGGCACAGGAAAGCUUACGCAAAUUCAGCGCCAUGAAGGCAAUGAGCAGGAAAAAUCUGCCCUGAGAACUCUAUUUACCAUCACACAGUGUCUUUUAAAAAAAUAACUAUACAUACUGUGUUCAUUUGAGUGCCUUUCUUACUUUUUGGGGAAGCAAACUUAUAUUUAAGUCUAACGUUUAGGUAGAGAACAAAGAAUGAAAAUUUAAUUAAACAGUUGAUUGUGACUCAUUAUUUAUUCCAGUUGCUAGGCAUGGUCCCAUGUAAUAUUUAUCCUUUAGUGAGUUCCUGAUAUGAGCAGGAAGGAUGCUUUGGUUUGUAUUUCGUUAUCAUUUUUAAGCAUCCUACCAAGAAGAAUUAGUUCUUUACCAGUGACAACUCACUUUUGGGGUUGGAGGCAUCGCAUUUAGAGGACAACAUAUUCAUAAUUAAAGAUCAGCAUGAAACCUGUGCAGCCCAUGUUUACAGAAAAGCAGUGGCACUCUGUCCUAAAAGAAAUGCCAUAUGGUUGUCCUAAAUGAAUCUUUUGCCUCAUUUUAAGGACUUUUAAGAAUUCCUUCCCAAAUUCAGAACUAUGUAAGAUAGUUGAGGGGGUGGGGUGGUGAAUGGAACCUUAAUCUUUUCAAAUAUUGGUGGAAAAGAAGUAAAUACUGAGAUGAAACAGGAAAUGUGGCAUUUUAUGUAUUUGGAUGUGAGGUGAGGAAGGAUAGGAAUUUCAUAUUUCCAGAUAGCAAAUAACUCCUGUUAAUUGUAAUUUAUUAAAAUAUAUAGCUUAAGAUUCCAAAGUGCUUUUCAGAGAACAGUUGAAUGAUGUAUUCCUUAAGGACAGCAAUAGGCUAUGUUCAUAUUGGAGACAGAAAACAAUUGUGUCAGUUGUGGAUCUGGGGUGUGGGGACCUCAGGCUCCCAAUUUUGACUGUUGUAUUCUUACCAAGCCAUGUUAACACUAGAAAACCAAACUUAAAGAGAAGGAAAAAGGAGGAAAAAAAAAAAAAAAAAGAGAGCAGUAGCUUACUCUGCUGAUGAAAUCUUGUGCUUCCAAGAAUAUUAGCUAUAUAUGGUUUGUGCUUUCUGGACAGUAAUGUGGUCCACAAAGCUAACCUCGCAUUUCUUUCAUUAGUCUGUUACUAUUCCUCAGGGUGUAGAACAUUUAGUAAAUUUAGGGCAAAAUUUUAUAUUCAGCAAAAAGGAAAAGGCAAAAAUAUGCUAAAUAUAUUGCUAGCUCUUAAAAUUUUAGUAUAGAUAGUAUUUUUUAUAAACCACUACCAGUGCAGUAGCUCAUAGAUGCUCUGUGACUGCCUCAUUGUUCAUCUUGCUGCUUUAGUCCCUACGGCUUGAUUAUGAAUGUUCUCUUACAUGUGUCUUCUAUGGAGAUGACUUCUGUAUUGUAUUAUUUUCCAUGUUUGGCAGAGGUGUGGGUGUUUUAGUUGACAGUCUCAAUUUUUGGAAAUUCUGUUGAGAAAAUGAUCACUGCUGGUUUUCAAAUUGACAACUCUCUUGUUUCUUAAAACUUCAGUUUCCCUGAAAGUGUGUUUGUGUGCAGACCUUGUACACGUUCAGUACAUUGCAUAAUGCCUUGUACCUUGCAGGAAUUCAACAGGUCAGAAUUGUUAAUGGCUAGAAAUUUACAACUGGCUUAUCUCUGUCUUAACACCAUUGUCCACAUUCUUAGCUUCCAGAGAGGUACAGUAUUGUGCUUAAGAUACGUAAUCAGGUUCAAACAUACAAGGCAAAGAUACACAGUUGUACAACAUUGUAAGUUAAAUUUAGAUACCUGUAAGGUGUACAUAUGUGAGUGUAUUCACAUAUAUGUAUGUAUGUAUACUUAAAUGAGAUUUAGAAUUUCAGCUUAUAUAGUUGUUUUACAAAGACUUUUAUCCAAAGGAUUUUUAUUUUGGUAUUUUCUUAAAGUGCUCCUAUUUAAAAGCAGUUUUCUUUAUUAGACCAGCCCCCUCAAGCAAAGUUGGAAACCUAACACACAUGCCCAUUUGCCUGAAUUAACCAGAUACUGGUGUUAACUGUUUAUAGUCAGUCUUUGGCUGCUUAUAAACCAUGACGUUUUGGCUUUUUGUCCAUACCUUUAGGGAAUCAGCCUUAAUUUUAUGUAUGGCAGUCACUUUCCUCAAAGUACUAUGCAGCAUACUUGAAAUGUUUAUAAAGUGAUCAGUAAUAAAUUUGAGGGUUUUCGGUGUCAUAGGGAUGAGCAGUUUCACGUGUCCGGAUAUUGACUCAUACAGCAUUCUGCUAGAGGUGCUAAUAUGUCAUCCUCCCUCACAAAUGUCAUCUUGCAUUUGGAGCAGGUAUUUUUUCUUACUGGUUAAAGAAUGAGUAUAAGCUAAAUGCAGUCAGAGUGGGUGCUCAAUAAAUAUUUAGUCGAUUAUUGAUCUAACAUCAAACAGCUUUCAGAAAGGAGACUUGUCAUCUUUUCACUGAGGAGUAUAUUUUUAGAGUAAUAUAUGUUUGAAACUGAAAAAUUAUAUCAUUUGACAUGAAUUAUUAGGCUGGAGUUAGUCAUAUGUAAUAAAAAUAUCAUUUAUGUAGAAAAGGUCUGCAGAUAGGAGAUGUGAAAAGUUUAAGUAGUAUCUCUUUGUGCAAGGCACGUUAAUAAAUGUGGUUAAAUGUCUUAAUAGGCUGCUGAACUCUAGAGAGAACUACUGUAGUCUUCCGCAAUCAGUUUCUAUGUUAGUGUAUCUAGUAUUAUAUGGUUUAGAUUCUGUUUGUUUCUCCUAAAUCUUGGUUACUAUCCAGUGUUUUAAGAGUAGUCAUGGUAAAGUAUGAAGUUAUAUUAAAUAACUUCUACUUGUUUUUUUCAGAACAUCUUCAAAAUGAGGGAGAGAUUUUUCUGAAUAAUAUAGUAGUUUGAGAAUCUGUUAAUUUGUAGCUUUCAGAGCAUUUUUUGACAGCAUUUACCUAAUGCAAACAGAUUUAAACAAUUUAAAAACAAACAAGCAUUCCAGCCUGACCUGUGAGAAGCAGAGUAUGCAGCACAGGUGUAAUUUAGGCAUUGCCUCCUGGUGAGGUUCUUGAUGCAUGACUGUGACACUGGCUUCUGACUGAGGUGACCACUGUCUGUACUGUAUUUUGGUGUGUGUGGUUCCUAGGAGAAUACUGGAAUAUGCUAGGUUAACUUGUUUUUGAGUUUGACAAAAUAAAAGAUGAGGUAUUAUAAAAAUGCCAAAUAUUUACACAUUCUACUACAAAACCUAAAAAGAGGAGGGGAAUAAAAAGAUGAAAGAGCAAUGAUCUUUUUUUAAUAGCUUCUAAACAAAUUUUUUUAAUCCAGAUCUCUUGGACACUAGGCAGUUGCUUACUGUAACACUGAGGGACUUUAAGGGAUAGUUCUCAGACACUACAUUCUGUUAUUAGAAUUCACCAUGUGUGUUAAUUGUAUAUUGCUUGAAGAUUUUCCAGAAAAUAGAUAAUGAAGUUGCAGUCAGUGGUAUUUUAAGAUUUUCUUGUAGGUUAUGGUUAAAUGGACAAGUUACAUACAUGAUCUGUGGUGCAAGGUCAGAUCCUGGGCAUUAAAGGUAAGUUUGGCUAACUUAGUUUACUGAAGACACUAAUUGUCUUCACUGAUUGCACUGCUGUUUUUCUUAAACUAUUUCCCCCCCAGUAUAACAAUCUGCAUUGAAUUCCUUUAGUUCUUACCAUAUACUAGUUGACAUUUUUUAAGGAUUAAAUAUUUUGUGAAUUCUUACUACACUUAAAAUGUGUACCUUGCAGAAGGAUAAAAAUAAAUUUUGCAAUAAGGUAUAUGCAGAAUGUGCUUAGGGUUUUCUGGGAGUUAGUACUCCAGAGUGCUUUAAAUGUGAUGCUGGAUUCUAAGUGUGAUGUUGAUAUAAUGACUGUAGAUAUCAGCACUGUCCAAUAAAAAUAAAUGUGAGCCACAUAUGUAAUUUAAAAUUUUCUAGUAGUCACAUUAAAAAAAAAGAAACAAGUGAAAUGGACUUUAAUAAUAUAUUUUAAUUAACUCAGUACAUUUUAAAAACAUUAUUUCACUGUGUAAUCAAUAUACAAAAUUAAGAUAUUUUAUCUUCCUUUUUUCCCCAUAGUAAGUCUUCAAAAUUCAGCAUGUAUUUUGCUCUCACAGUACAUCUCAGUUCUGACUAGCUACAUUUCAAGUGCCCAAAAAGCCACAUGUGGCUCAGGGCUGCUAUACUGGACAGUGCAGAUUCAUAGAGUGCAAAGUAUGACUUUAUUUUAAAUUGGAGAUGGUGAGGUAGGCAUGAAAUUACAGUACUUUAAAAGUUAUUUAGUAUACUUAGAAAAGCAUCUAACAGAAUUAUCCACUUGUUUUCCUUUGUCUUUAUUUUAUGUUUUCUCUAGAAGUAGUCUCAACCCAUUUCAAUUUGCCAAGCAUUACUUAAGGAGGAAGAAAUUCCAUGUCAUGUAAAAUACCAUGAUACGCUGAUUAUAACAACACAUUUUUUUCAAUGUGUUUACUUAAUUCUGUCCUGUUUCUUCAAAAUAACAGCUUAAAUUGCAUGUUAAUUAUAUAUCUGUACCUAUUUUGUUUUUAUAUUCUUCUUGUAAUACAAUAAUAUGUAUUAACCAACAGCCCUAGGAUUCUAAUGUUCCUAUGCAGCUGCGUUCCAGCACUUACUGGUACACUUACUAAGUUGUGAUAAGUGGCAGAAAAGUAGAAUGAACCAUUCUUUUCUUCCAUUAGGUCUGUUUUUAUCAUGUGACAAUGUACUAAGCCAGCUAUAAAUUAUUGUAUUUCUGUAGAAUAUGGAAAAUAGUGUUUAUGUCUUAUCUUUGCUAAGUGUCGGCAAUUUCUAAGUAAACUUUUCAUCUCCUAAAA